UACUACUAGUAAUAGGAUACACUCCACACAAAACCAACCUUCUGAAAAACGAAAAAAAAAAAGAAGAAAAACUAGAUAAGGUUCUUCAUCAUCAUCGUCAUAUCUUGAAACUCCAAACAUGGCAGCAGCAGCAGCAGUAGAAGCUGCUUCUAGAAUCUUCCAAACAUCAUUACCUCAGACCAUAUCAUCUUUUAGACAAAAACCCUGUUCCCGGACACUCUCUUACAAAAGAUCCUCAUCACCUUUCAUCAUCCGUUGCACUGUUUCAACCAGUAGUAGUGAUACGUCAUCAGCAGCAGCUAAAGGAGGAAUGGCUGGGCCGAUACGGUGGGGUUGCGAAAUCGAUUCGGUUGAGAAUGCAGCUGCAUUGCAGAAAUGGUUGACUGAGUCAGGAUUGCCUGAUCAAAAAAUGGAUAUAAGGAAAGUUGAUAUUGGUGAGAGAGGACUUGUUGCUGUUAAUAAUAUUAGAAAGGGUGAAAAGUUGUUGUUUGUGCCUCCUUCUCUUGUUAUUUCGGCCGAUUCGGAGUGGACUUUUCCAGAGGCUGGGGAAGUUAUGAAGAGAUAUGACGUACCUGACUGGCCAUUAAUUGCAACCUAUCUAAUUAGUGAGGCAAGUCUUAUGAGUUCGUCUAGAUGGAGCAACUAUAUAUCAGCCUUACCAAGACAGCCUUACUCACUUUUGUACUGGACACGUGCGGAGUUAGAUAGGUACUUGGAAGCAUCUCAGAUUAGAGAGCGGGCCAUUGAAAGAAUCAAUAAUGUAACCGGAACAUACGAUGACUUGAGAGCAAGAAUCUUCUCUAAGCAUCCUAAUUUAUUUCCUGAAGAGGUAUUCAACAUGGAAACGUUUAGAUGGUCCUUUGGCAUUCUAUUUUCACGUUUGGUUCGAUUACCCUCAUUGGAUGGAAGAGUUGCUUUAGUCCCGUGGGCUGAUAUGUUGAAUCAUAGUUGUGAUGUGGAAACCUUUUUGGAUUAUGAUAAAUCAACAAAGGGAGUUGUAUUCACAACGGAUCGUGCAUACCAGCCAGGUGAGCAGGUGUUCAUCUCAUAUGGUAGGAAAUCUAAUGGAGAACUCUUGCUGUCGUACGGGUUUGUGCCGAGGCAAGGGACAAACCCACGUGACUCGGUUGAGCUGCCAUUGGCAAUUAAAAAAUCAGAUAAAUGCUACGAACAGAAGGUGGAAGCUCUGAAGAAGCAUGGAUUAUCAGCAUCACAAUGUUUUCCAUUGCAAGUCACCGGUUGGCCAUUGGAGCUGAUGGCAUAUGCAUUUUUAGCAGUCAGCCCACCUAGCAUGAGCGGAAAGUUUGAAGAGAUGGCUGCUGCAGCAUCGAAUAAAACCAACAGCAAUAAGGAACUCAGAUAUCCUGAACUAGAGGAACAAGCAUUCCAGUUUAUCUUGGAUAGCUGUGAAUCCAGUAUAUCAAAGUACACUAAGUUUCUUCAGGCAAGUGGGUCCAUGGAUCUGGAUAUAACAUCUCCUAAGCAGCUCAACCGGAAAGUGUUCCUUAAACAGUUGGCUGUGGACUUGUGCAAUAGUGAGCAAAGGAUUCUCUUUCGUGCUCAAUAUAUAUUGAGGAGAAAGUUGAGGGAUAUGAGGAGCGGUGAACUAAAGGCCCUAAAUUUGUUUGACAGUGUCACAAAGUUCUUCAAAUAAGUUUGCAGUUAAUGAAGAAACAGCUACUUUAUACCUGGGUAGUAAUGAUUUAUCAUCUGUACCUCAACAAGCCUGAGAAUACAUAUCAAGUAUAUCAACUGUGCUCUAUAGUUUCCCUUGUGCCAGAAAUUCUCAAUCUUCCUGUAAAUGUUCAUUGCAAUAUGUUGUGUAAGCAAGCUCUUGUGGAAUUUGCUAUCAGAAAAUGAACAUUUUGAACCAAGUUUGCAGGUAUAGUCUUUGUAGAAGUAGGCUAUAAAGUCCUUCAUGUGUCAUGAACUCAUUAUAAUCUCAACAUUUCUCAUUUUAAUAUACAGUUCUCAGAUGUUAUUUCUUUCUGUA